AACCCCAAAUCAUCCAAACCGAGCUAGUGCAUCACCGUUGAGGCAAAUAGACUUUUACGCCCCAAACUCCCCAUUGCGCAGCAUUCGAUUGAUUUUGCUGCAGCAUCGUCUUCAUCUUCCCAUUGGCAUCCUCUCCAACCCUUAUGGCCUUGCUGCAACGCCUAGCGUCUACAUCACGACUCCGAUUGGCCCCCGCCGUCGCCCUCUCUUUCGUCAGAUACGCUUCCAACAUGGCUCCCAAGCUCAACGAUCCCUCUUUGCUUAAGCAAAACGUCGUUUACAUCAACGGCGAAUGGCUCCCUGCCAAGUCUGGCCAGAGCUUCGAGGUCAAGGAUCCUUCCAGCGGCGAACUCAUCGGAACCAGUGCCGAAUGUAACACCGACGACACAAACCUGGCUAUCCAGGCCGCCUCCGACGCCUUUGCCACCUUCCGCACCUUGACCGGACGCGAGAGAGCUAAGCUCCUGCGAAAGUGGUAUGACUUGAUGGUCGAGAACUCUGCUGAUAUUGCCACUCUCAUUACUUGGGAGAACGGUAAGCCUCUGGCUGAUGCCAAGGGCGAGGCUGCCUAUGCCGCCAGCUUCUUCGAGUGGUUCAGCGAGGAGGCUCCCCGCGUUUACGGCGACACCAUCCCAGCCACUGUUCCGGGCAACCGCGUUUGGACAAUUAAGGAGCCCGUUGGUGUCUGCGGUCUUAUUACUCCCUGGAACUUCCCUGCUGCCAUGAUUACCCGUAAGAUUGGUCCUGCCCUUGCUGCCGGUUGUACCAUCGUUUGCAAGGCCCCCGGCGAGACUCCCUUUACCGCUUUGGCCUUGGCUGAACUUGCCCACCGUGCCGGUAUCCCCAAGGGUGUCGUCAACAUCAUCACUACUCUGAAGAACACCCCCGAGGUCGGCGAGGUCCUGACGACCUCCCCCAAGGUCAAGAAGGUUUCCUUCACUGGAUCCACUGGAGUCGGUAAGCUUCUCAUGAAGCAGUCUUCUUCCACUCUCAAGAAGCUCUCCAUGGAGCUUGGUGGCAACGCUCCCUUCAUCGUGUUCGACGACGCCGACAUUGAUGCCGCCGUUGCUGGUGCCAUUGCUUCCAAGUUCCGCUCGUCUGGUCAGACCUGUGUUUGCGCCAACCGCAUCUACGUCCAGGAGGGUAUCUACGACGAGUUCGCUACCAAAUUUGUGGAGAAGGUCAAGGCCUUCAAGGUCGGACACGGCUUUGAUGAGGGUGUUACCCAUGGUCCCCUCAUCCACGACCGUGCCGUCACCAAGGUUGAAGCUCAUGUCAAGGACGCCGUUGCCAAGGGCGCUAACCUUCUUGUCGGUGGUCAAAAGAUGCCUGAGCUUGGAGAGUACUUCUUCCAGCCUACUGUGCUUCGCGACAUGACUGUUGAUAUGGCCAUUGCCACUGAGGAGACCUUCGGCCCCGUUGCUGGUCUCUUCCCCUUCAAGACCGAGGCCGAUGUUGUCAGCAUGGCUAACAAGUCCGAGGUUGGCUUGGCUGGAUACUUCUUCUCGAGAGAUCUGCAGCGCGUGUACCGUGUUGCUGAGGCUCUCGAGACUGGUAUGGUUGGUGUCAACACCGGUAUCAUUUCCGACGUCGCCUCUCCCUUCGGUGGUGUUAAGGAGAGUGGCUUUGGCCGGGAGGGCUCCAAGUACGGUGUUGCCGAAUACCAGACCACCAAGAUGGUCACCUUUGGCGGCAUGGGAAACCCUCUACAGAGCUAAAUAUUGUAUGAAAAAAUGGUCUAAAGAUAAAAAUGCAAAAUCGGUGUACCGAGAUGUUUAUAGUAAUGCUAGUGUGUUCCGUUGU